UUCUUCAAAAACAUAGAAGCUUGAAACAUAACAUGCUGUAGAGGUCAUACGUUGAAUAUACAAAACAGUUUUUCUACUUUAUAGAAUGAUGACAGAGGCAACAGAUUUAAAAAGAACAGAACUUGGUAAACCAAGACAACUAUACAGAGCAGUAUCAUUUGAAGAUAUUCCAAAAGGUGCCAUUCCAAUUUCACAGAAUGAACUGCUUACAGUCAUGAGAAGAAGAAUUGACAAGCAUGAAAACAAAUUACAAAUAUGGCCAUUAGCAUUUAACCAUGUUGUUACUGGAUCAACUGGAUUCAUGUCUGCACUACUUAUCAAUCAUCAUUACCGUAAAGUGUUCAGUCUAAAAAACUUAUCCCUUGGACAUACCUAUGGAAUGACAGGUUUCAUUGGAGCUGUUGUUCCCUAUGCUUUACAUAGCACAUUAGUUACUGAACCAAUUCUGAAAGGCUAUAAUUCUUGCUCUUUAUGUUUAGGUACACGUGGUGGAACCUUGCAAAUAAUAGGAGGUGUCUUGUACCCCAUAAUUAUUUCAUCAUUAUUAUGUAUAAUACAUGCAAGAAAUCAUUAUACAUAUUCUGUGCCCAGUAUCUCGCAAGGAUCUUUGGUGUUUAAAAUGAUUAAAACAACAUUUCCAUUUGGAGCAACAUUAAGCGUGUUACUGUUUUCUAAUUUUUUAGUUGGUUUGCUUUUAACUGAGAAGGAGAUGGAUAUAUAUGAACAAGUUUUUGGUCACAGUUUUGAUGGUCAACCAGAGGAGGGAGAAUUUGUGACUGAUAUAAAAAAAUAGAUUGUAUAGUGUAUAGUGUUAAUGUUUGUUAAUGUUUUUUUCAAUAAACAGUUAAUUAUUAAAA